GAGGGUAUAUAAGCAGCUUGCCCUGGGCAUUCGAGGGCUCCUCCUGAAAACUAAAAGAGCACUUCUAUAAUAAAGGUUGUUGAGGAGGAUCUGCGUCUUCCUUGCUGGUCGAGUGGGGCAAGACAAGUGGUGCCGAAAUCCAAGAAAGAAAAAAGAAGAAAGAAAAAGGAAGAAAGAAGAAAGAAAAAAAGAAGAAAGAAGAAAAGAAGAAAGAAGAAACCCAGAAAAGAAGAAACCCGAGAACAGGGACCCGAGGAGAAAUUCUUGUGGAUCCAGAACUCUUCACCCUAGAGCAGCGGUACCGGACCAGGAAGAUCCGAUUUGGGUCCCUGAACACCUCACCAGACGCAUUGGACCAUCCCAGGACCAGGAUAAUGUGGGGGACACGCAUGAGGAUCCAGAUGCUGAGUCUACUGCUGUUGGUAACUCAGGGAUUAGCCAUUCAACUAUGGGCGAUAGCCAGAACCUGGCCAGUCCCCAUGCCCAUUCAUAGCAAUUCCCCGGUUCUGCCCACCUUUUUCUCCACCUCUUGUGAGCAAGAUAUGCCUUGCACUAUUCCCACUCAGGAAGCCCCUGCAAAUUAUACGGCCACUAAUUAUACCUUGGCAGGCACCUUAUGUUUCACCCUUAAUAGGAGUGUUGCUCCAUGCAUUUUCCUAGCAUCACGGUAUUUAGUGAAUUGGCUAGAUCCCAUAGAUAUAGGGGGAACAAGCACCAGAGUAUUACACGAAGCUCUAUCAAAGCUGAGCUCCGGUUCUGGCCAGGGUUCGGGAGAGAUGGGUACAAAUUCUAGUUCCUCCCUUAAUAUCACCACCUUGCUUAUGUCUCAAUAUCUAAUUAUACCCUCUGAUGGCAAUUCCACCCAAGACAAUUCCACUAAGCGUAAAGUCCUGCCUAUUUGUCUACCUUACCAAGAUUUUCCCCCUGAUUUUUCCCCUUGCCAGAGUCCUGGUCAUCGGAACACCCAGAUAUCUUCUGGGUUUGAAUUUAGCCCCCCUUUGUUUAAAGCCAAGUAUACCAAUAACUCCAGGAUUGCAACCAGGCCGGGUAACAUCUGGCCCUGGUAUCAAUGGCUGCUCUCUAAUAACAAGGCAGCCUUUACUUCUCUCACCCCAUUUUCUAGGUUGAGAGGGGGCAAUUUCUCAUUAGUUAACAUUAGUGCCACCAGGCACCCCAAUAUGAGUCUAACGGAUAUCAAGAUUAAUGGGCAAUUACGGAAUCUUUCUUACACAGGGGCUCCCGUUUGUAUGAAGCCCCCCUUUUUCUUUAUUCUGAUUAACACCUCGGAGGAGGUGCUAAGUUGCAAUGCUUCUGGGGUUGCCUGCCUGAUGUCUGAGUGCUGGGAUGGGACAAGUACCACAGCGCUGGUGGUACGGUUACCAACCUUUGUACCCAUCCCUGUUGAAGCUGAUCCUGAACAAUUUCCUGUACUUUCCCUGUUGCGCCAUAAGCGUGACUUCGGUAUCACAGCAGCGAUAGUAGCUGCUAUUGUAACAUCUGCCGCUUCGGCCACUACUGCUGCGGUCGCUAUGGCCUCUCAGGUACAGACGGCGGAGACAGUCAAUUCCAUAGUAGAGCAGACAGCUGCUGCACUGACUACCCAGAGAGAAAUUAAUGCCCAUCUUACCUCUGGAAUACUGCUGGCCAACCAGAGCAUUGAUAUAGUCCAACACCAAGUAGAGGAAUUAUUUAGAGUCAUUCAGGCCUCCUGUGUGUACUCCAUGAGAGGCCUCUGUGUCACCCCCCUACAAGCUAACGUUUCUCAGUCUGUCAAUCAAUCCAGGGUGCUGUCGGAAUACCUGCGAGGCAACUGGUCGCUGCAAGCAGAAGAAAUGGUGACCAGAUUGUUUGUUCAGGUCGCCCAGCUGAACGGGACCAGACUACAGCCUCUCUCCCUUAAUGACCUCACCUCCUGGAUAGCCAAAGCCUUUUCCUUUUUUAAAGAGUGGGUGGGAGUCUUUAUCUGGGGAGCCGUGGUGUUGGCCGAUUGCAUCUUUUGCAUGUGCCUUUUAUACAAACUAAAGAGAGACCAUGCCAGGCACAAAACUGUAGUCUACCAAGCCUUGGCUGCUAUCGAGGAUGGUGAACCUCCCCAUGUUUGGCUUGCAACCCUAAAGGAAUUAUGAGCGGGGUUUCAUAGAUACGAGCCCUUGAGGAGUGCUCUACUGGCAGUUUGAGGUGUUCUGUGAGUGGGUACUCGACAGGGAAUGUUCCACGAGUAUGGAUAGAUUUCCCGAAAGUAUGCCUGAUUGCACAAAGGUUUGAUGCCACAAACCUCCUCUCCUGGUGGCGCCCCAGGGCAGAGGCUCCCUUUCCCCGUCAAAAGGCAUCGAGAUGGGUAUGGGAAGUAUUACUCACUGCACGACAAAGAGAAGAAACCCAUUACAAUAUCUCAUUUUGCACAGGGGAUCAGGCCUCUGCUUUCCCUCACUGUACAACUGCACUCAUAGGGCUACUAUCAUGUACCCCGUUCUAUGACUCAGGGUUUGCAAUAAAACAAAAAAGGGAGAGAUGUAGGCCGCCGACCCGACUCGGCCGGUCAAGAUGGCGCCAGCCUUGGCCUCUGGUAUCUACUAGUAAAUAGUGCACUGCGCAUAUGCAUACAUCGAUUCAGUUUGGUGCCAAGCCCCUCCCGAAUGGGGUAUGCUACUGGGGUACCAUGAUCCUGACCAAUCACCCCCUCCUGGGCAGGGUAUGCUAAUGAGGCACUGCAGUUCUGACCAAUCGUGCACCUCCACGUGCUUCUCCCCUCCCCCUCCCCCCCACCCCCAGGGCUGGGGGUAUAUAAGCAGCGUGCCCUGGGCAUUCAAGGUCUCCUGAAAACGAAAAGAGCGCUUCUACAAUAAAGGCUGUUG